AUGGCAGAGGCAAAGCCCGCGUCCCAGAAGAUCUGGCUGAUCUCCAAUGACAACGCCACCAUGGAAGUCGACCGUGUCGUGGUUGAGCGCUCCAUGCUCUUGAAGAACAUGUUGGAGGAUUUGAGCCAUACCGACAUCACCCAGGACAACCCUAUUCCCAUCCCCAACGUCAAUGAAGCAGUCCUGCGAAAGGUGGUCGAGUGGUGCGAGCACCACCGUAACGAUCCCGUUACUACUCCCGAUGACGAGUCGGAUGCCCGCAAGAAGACGACUGAUAUCGAGGAGUGGGACCAAAAGUUCAUGCAGGUGGAUCAAGAAAUGCUCUUUGAGAUUAUUCUUGCAUCCAAUUUCCUUGAUAUCAAGCCUCUUCUGGAUGUCGGUUGCAAGACUGUCGCCAACAUGAUCAAGGGCAAGUCUCCCGAGGAGAUCCGCAAGACUUUCAACAUCACGAAUGACUUCUCCGCUGAGGAAGAGGAGCAGAUCCGUCGUGAGAACGAAUGGGCUGAGGACCGAUAA